GUUGAAAGACAAAGUCGCAUCUGAGAUUCAUUUGGUUACUGUGCUACCUCUCUCGCUUUCUCUCUUUACUUCCACUCAAUAGGAAAUAAUUGCAAAAUGGGUUUUAGCUGAGGCAUUCCUAACUGUGUCAAGAACAAGAAGAAUGAACCCUGUUUAAAAAAAAACCCAGAAGCAAGGACCUAAAGUGAAGCAGAAGAACAAGGAACUGAGGCACAUCCAUGAAAGCAUGAGGUGGCUCUUAGGCAACAGCUGGAAGAAAUUUGGACAUGCUGAUAGAGGAACCUAUGACUGGUUAACUAGUGAGCCAGGUGUCCCAUUGUUGGAAACACAGCUACAGAGUCAGCAUAAAAUAAGCUCAACCAAAGAAGAUAUCGAACCAUUCUUAUGCAUCAUCCUGCCAGCUACCAUAAUGCUCUUCCUGGCAUUCCUGUUGCUCUUCCUCUACAGACGCUGCCAGCGUCGCAACCCUCAAGCUCAGAUCUUCAGCAUUGACAUCCCAGAGUCCCUUCCUGAGCAUGAGGUGACUGACUUCCUCUCAGUGCUCCCCUGGAAUAGUGAGCCAAACUUUCACUACUCUACUCUUCCCCCUGAGACUGCCUUUCUCACUGUAUGCUUGCCUCCAUCGUAUGAGGAGGCCACCAUGAAAGCUUCCAAGGAAGAGGACCAUGUUCAGCUCUUUCAAGAUCCAGUGCCUCCUUAUGAAGAGACCAAACAGCAGUAAAACUCAUGGAAAUACAUGUGGUCGAAAUUCUCAUAGUGUAAAGGGUUUGAAUCAAGUAAAACUCCAAACAAGGGAAUAGCUACAAGCACAAAGAAGCUUUGCCUGAUUACUAUGUUUAAUUAUGCCAUUUUUAAAAAUGGCACACAAAGCAAAAUAACUCCACCAGACUGCUGUGUAGGAGAAAACUAUUAAAUUCAUGCUGUACCUCAGAUUUUUCUGCACUGUGUAACAUAAGCAAAGUUGUUUUAGAAGGCCAAAUCUGAGCAGUGUGGACUGUGGCAGCUGUGAUGAAAAGCAACUAUGCUGGAGAUUUUUACACACAUGCACAUACCAAUCAUUGAAAGGGCUUUAACAUUUUUUAAUGCUCUAAUGUCUUGAAAAUUUCAUGAAUUAAAAUAAUAAUCAAAAUCAGAGUAGAGACUGUGCAAUGACAAUUAACAUGAAUCUGAAAAGUGAAGGCUAAAGAUGCCUAUUUACCAGUCAAUGCCAUCAUGAUGUUUGGCAGUAGCCUGCCAUUGUGGUACAGGCCUUCCAUUGUUCUUCUGACAGCUGUGAAGUCUGAAUACAAGUGCAAGAGACCCCAAAGUGUCCAACCCUUCUAUAGAAGACAGACUUGUAGCAAAUAAUGACAUGGCAAGAUGUUCAUGCAGCAAUGUGGUAGGGUCUACAGAGUGUACAGAAUUAUUUCACAUUGUUUCCUACUUUUAAAUAAAACACAAGGCUUGUAACCAUUCAGUUCUUAGCAUAAGAUAGAGUAAAUCGCUCUAAAUUAAGGAGAAUAAAACAUCUUAAAAAAUCACCGUUUAGUUUUUUCUGG